AGCCCAGCCAGCGAAGCCCACCACCACCACCACCCAGAUCCCCACCUCGCCGCCACCACCACCAUGCGGGGCUCCGCGGCGGCGGCGGCGGCGACCGUGACGCGGGUGGCUCAGCGGGUGGUGGCCCCAUCGGCGGCGACGCCUGGGGGCGCGCUCCCGCUGUCCUGGCUCGACCGCUACCCGACGCAGCGCGCGCUCAUCGAGUCCCUCCAUGUCUUCAAGGGCCGCGCCGACGCCGCCGUGGCGCCCGCCGCGGCGAUCGAGCGCGCGCUCGCGGCGGCGCUCGUGAGCUACUACCCCAUCGCCGGCCGGCUGGCGGAGCGCGGGGAUGGUGGGGAGCUCGUCGUCGACUGUACCGGCGAGGGUGUGUGGUUCAUCGAGGCCACGGCGAGCUGCUCCCUCGAGGAUGUGGACUACCUCGAGUACCCGCUCAUGGUGGACAAGGACGAGCUCCUCCCCCACCCCACCUACCCCGCCUCCGAGUCUCACCCCGAAGACUCGCUCAUCCUCCUUGUCCAGGUCACGCAGUUCGCGUGCGGCGGCUUCGUGGUCGGGUUCCGGUUCAGCCACGCCGUCGCGGACGGCCCUGGCGCGGCGCAGUUCAUGACGGCGGUCGGGGAGAUCGCGCGCGGGCGGGCGGCGCCGGCGCUGGCGCCGGCGUGGGGGCGCGACGCGAUCCCGUGCCCGCCGUCCGCCGCCGUGGGCCCGCUCCCCGUCCCGACGGAGCUCCGCCUCCAGUACCUCGCCAUGGACAUCUCCACCGACUACAUCGACCACUUCAAGGCGAGGUUCCUGGAGCAGACGGGCCACCGGUGCAGCGCGUUCGAGGUGCUCAUCGCCAAGGCGUGGCAGUCGCGGACGCGCGCGGCGGGGUUCGCCCCGGGGUCCCCCGUCCACGUGUGCUUCGCCAUGAACGCGCGCCCCGUGCUCCGGCGCGCGCUCCCGGACGGCUUCUACGGCAACUGCUACUACAUCAUGCGGGUGACGGCGGCGGCGGGGGCGGUGGCGGACGCGUCGGUGAACGACGUGGUGAGGCUGAUCCGGGAGGGGAAGAAGCGGCUCCCGGGGGAGUUCGCGCGGUGGAGCGGCGGCGGCGGCGGCGGCGAGGACGACCCGUACCGGAUCACCUCCGACUACCGGACGCUGCUGGUCUCCGACUGGUCGCGGCUGGGGUUCGCCGAGGUGGACUACGGGUGGGGCGCCCCCGUCCACGUCGUGCCGCUCACCAACCUCGACUACAUCGCCACCUGCAUCCUCGUCCGCCCCUCCGCCCACAAGCCCGGCGCCCGCCUCAUCACCCAGUGCGUCGCCGCCGACGCCGUCGACGCCUUCCACAACGACAUGAUGCGCCUCGACUAAUAACCGAGCGAGCUCACCGUCCGCCGCCACCGACAUCGCCGGCGCAAUUUGAUUCGUUCUUUUUUUCUUUUUUUUUUUGGGUUUUUUCUCUCCUCUCGCUGUACGCACGCCAUGGCAUUCAUUCGCCGUAGUAGACUAGAAGAAGAAAAUUAUAUAUAUAUCAGAUUAAAAAAUACGAUAAAUAUAUAUGUAUACGCGCCUGUAAUGCGAAGCAUUUGUGCUUAUUCCUUCGAUUAAUUAUUGAGACCGGGUUCCCCUUUGCUGCGAA